AACCCGCCUUAACGCUACCAAAAUUACAUAAUUUUCAGCAAUCCAACCGCGCCCGUCCCGCCGCCCAUUCCGUCCGUAAACCCAUCCUGGCCCAUCAAACCCAUCUCAGAAGUCACUUCAUCUUGUAAAAAAUUCCUAUAACGCUCUAAUUUGGGCACUUCCUGUGAAAACUUGUCAUUUGAAAGUUGGCCAUCCUGUCGGAAAAUCCUCUCUCCAAACAGGUGUUUUUCGAAUGAGAUAUUGGGGGGCAAAGGAGGGGGAAGCAUGGCAUUUGUUCUCACCGUGUGUAGCGGUAGCCGUGCGAAGAGUUGGCUGUGAGUGCAUCGAUAAAACAAACGCUUGUGCGAUGCGGCCUACUUGAUUAAGUGCUUUGAAAUGCCCCAUCAGUACGGAUUGCCGGGCAUAGCCCACGCUCAGUCGCCCCCGACGCCACCACCGCAGCACGGGGCUAUGUAUUCGCGGUUUUCGGGGGCGGUGGUGCCCGGGGGUUAUCGCGGUGAGGACCGGAGGCUCACCCGAGAGGCCAUGGAGCGAUACCUGAGGGACCGGUCCGACAUGGUUAUCGUCAUUCUGCACGCUAAGGUGGCGCAGAAGUCCUACGGGAACGAGAAGAGGUUUUUUUGUCCUCCGCCUUGUAUAUAUCUGUUCGGGGAUGGCUGGAGGCUUCGCCAGGAACAGAUGCUGAGGGAGGGCGAGUCAGAACAAGCCUCCCAAUUGUGCGCUUUCAUAGGAAUCGGGAACUCGGAUCAAGACAUGCAGCAGCUGGAUUUGAAUAAUGGCAAGCAGUACUGUGCCGCGAAAACUCUGUACAUCUCCGAUUCGGACAAGAGGAAACACUUUAUGUUAUCCGUGAAGAUGUUCUACGGGUCGGGACACGACAUUGGGGUGUUUCACAGCAAAAGGAUCAAAGUUAUCUCAAAGCCUUCAAAGAAGAAGCAAUCUUUAAAAAACGCUGAUUUGUGUAUUGCGAGCGGUACCAAAGUGGCGCUUUUUAACCGACUUAGAUCUCAGACUGUCUCCACGCGGUAUUUACAUGUGGAAAAUGGACAUUUUCAUGCCAGUUCCACACAGUGGGGUGCUUUCACUAUACACUUAUUAGACGACAAUGAAUCUGAAAGUGAGGAGUUUCAAGUACGUGAUGGAUACAUUCAUUACGGUUCUACAGUCAAAUUGGUGUGUUCUGUCACUGGAAUGGCCCUUCCGAGACUCAUUAUUCGAAAGGUAGACAAGCAACAGGCCCUCCUCGAAGCCGACGACCCCGUCUCUCAGCUCCACAAAUGCGCCUUCUACAUGAAAGACACCGAACGCAUGUACCUCUGCCUCUCCCAAGAGCGCAUCAUCCAGUUCCAAGCCACCCCUUGCCCCAAAGAGCCCAACAAGGAAAUGAUCAACGACGGCGCCUGCUGGACUAUCAUCUCCACCGACAAGGCCGAGUACCAGUUUUACGAGGGCAUGGGCCCGGUACGGUCCCCUGUGACCCCCGUGCCCAUCGUGCACAGCCUGCAUUUGAACGGCGGCGGCGAAGUGGCAAUGCUGGAGCUCACCGGAGACAACUUUUCGCCGUCGCUGCAGGUGUGGUUUGGGGACGUGGAGGCCGAGACGAUGUACCGGUGCCAGGAGUCCAUGCUUUGUGUGGUCCCGGACAUCUCGCAGUUCCGAGGAGAGUGGCUGUGGGUGCGACAGCCGACCCAAGUCCCGGUUUCCUUGGUGCGGAAUGAUGGGAUUAUCUACGCCACGGGAUUGACGUUCACGUAUACCCCGGAGCCGGGGCCCCGGCCGCAGUGUUUGCCCGCGGACGAGAUCAUGAGGCACGGACAGAGGAGCGCGGCGGCGGCACAAGGCCAGAGUCAGGCGUUGACGCAAGAGGCGGCUUGGAAUUCGCACGGAGGGAUGCAUUAGGGGGUGGGUAGGUACAUGCAAUAAAGUUAGAUAGGGUAUACAACGAUCACUGUGUUUUUUCAUCUCGAACGUGGACACUCAGUAUUAAAUUUUGAGAUUGGAAGUGGCACGAGUCUUUUGUAUUAUAUUUUAUUGUGAUAUGUUUUUUUUUUCCGAAUAGGCUGGUCAAAUGAGAAAAUGAUUUAAAACAUUCUUGGUAAUUGAUUUAAAAGUGUACAGUGUUUUCAAAUUCGGUUUAUAUACAUAUUGACUAUUAUUGAUUAAUAUUGAUAUUUGAGCAACCAAAAAUAGUAAACUAGAAGCCAAUCUUCUUGAUGAUAUUUUGGCUGAUUUUGGCAACGCCGUGUCCAGUUGAUUAGCCUAACACUUGUAGGGUGUAUUUUUAAGCGUUGUAAAGAGAUACUUAGCCUUAUGAACAAACCAAAGUUAUGUAAGUUUUCUAAUUGUCAGUCAGAAUAAUGAAUAGUCCAACAAUUUUUACUUAGUAUUAAGUAAAUUAUGCUCAAUUUGCCGAUGAAUAAUAAAUAAUAGGUAAUAAAAAAAUCUCGACAGGAAAAACAUGACAACAACGAAUUUAUGGCAAAUGUAAUGAGUGUAAAUAUUUUUAUUAGUAUUAAAUUUUAUUCUACGUAAAAAUAAUACAUAAACAAUCUGUACAUGCUGCAUAUUUUGUAGAAAUAAAAAUUAUUUAAAUAA